UGGUACGGUGUUCUCUCUUUUUUUAAAAAAAAGAAAAAGAAAAAGAAAAGAGUAGAGUUAAAGACGACCAUGCAUGAUCCACGUAUAGAAUCGAUGGCCAGAUUUGCCAUUAGAAUACGCAAAUGCAUCUUUUGUUUAAUUUAGAGAGGUUGCAUUGCAUUGUAAGCUACUAGCUAGCUAGUUUGGUGAUUGGCCUUCCAAGUGUGGCAUGUUCCUUCAGAGUUGCACUGCAUGCAGUGGCAUAUAUACAAGUUGUUACGGGUACGCUAGAGAGAACGUACGGACGUGCACGUGCAAAUUCUUUGUAUUGUGUCCAUGUCGCUCUUUGCUGCCAUGCUAGCUUAGCAGAUGCAUACGCUGACCAAUGCAUUAUUCUCUCUCUGCCUGUCUCUCCCAGCUAGCUGCCUGCCUGCCUGCUUCCUAUAUAUACUAGCUAGUGUCCCAACGACCCAUUCAUCACCAUCACGGCACCUCCUCCGAUCGAUUAUAUAUUUGUUGGCAAUCUAGCUAGCUAGCUAGCUAAUUAUUAAUAUAAUAAUGGGCGGCGGCGGCGGCGAUGAUGAUGUGGCCAAGGCGGUGGCGGCGAUGGUGGCGGUGCAGGUGGUCUUCGCCGGCGUCAACAUCUUGUACAAGCUCGCCGUGUCCGACGGCAUGGACAUGAGGGUGCUCGUCGCCUACCGCUACCUCUUCGCCUCCGCCUUCCUAGCGCCGCUUGCAUAUUUCAUCGAGAGGAGGAACCGAACCAAGUUGACGUGGAGAGUGGUGGUGCUGUCUUUCAUCUGCGGCCUCACCGGGGGCUCGCUGACGCAGAACCUGUACAUCGCCGGCAUGAAGCUGACGAGCGCGACGUUCGCCACCGCCACCACCAACCUCAUCCCCGCCGUCACCUUCCUCCUCGCCCUCAUCUUCCGCUACGAGCGCCUCGCCAUCCGCACCAUGUCCGGCCAGGCCAAGCUCGCCGGCACCUUGCUCGGCGUCGCCGGGGCCAUGCUGCUCACCUUGUACAAGGGCGCCGACAUCACGCCGCCCUUGCCCUUCAACACUAAUGGGCUGCACCUGAGCCUGCACCCGCACCCGCACCCGGCCGCCGCCACCAACCGCGUCGUGGGCUCGCUGCUCUGCAUCAGCAGCUGCUGCUUCUAUGCCCUGUGGCUCAUCCUCCAGGCCAAGCUCAGCAAAGAGUACCCCUUCCCCUACUCGAGCACCGCCAUUAUGUGCGCCAUGAGCACCCUGCAGUCCGUCGCCUUCGCGCUCUGCAGCUACGACCGGGGCAUGGACAGCGCGCGGCGGUGGCGCCUCGGCCUCGACGUCAGGCUCCUCUGCGUCGUCUACUCGGGCGUCCUCGCCUCGGGCGUCAUGCUGGUGGUGCUCUCCUGGUGCGUCAAGCGCCGCGGCCCUGUCUUCGCCUCCGUCUUCAACCCGCUCAUGCUGCUGCUGGUGGCCGUGCUCAGCUCGCUGCUCCUCGCCGAGCGCCUGCACCUCGGCAGCGCGCUCGGCGCCGUGCUCAUCGUCGCGGGGCUCUACGCCGUGCUCUGGGGCAAGGGGCGCGACGCCAACCACAAGCAGGCCGCCGACCUCGACGACCUAGCCAAGGUCGCCGAGCUGCCCACCACGGCACCACCUGCAGCUUGCCGCCCAUCGAUACCGAUCAUCAACUAGCCUAGCUAGCUAGUUGCCCGCGGAACGGAUACUCAUCAAUUAGCAAGUUAAGUACUCCUAUAUUGGCAAGACCGCUGGAUCGAGCGAGGUAAGGUAGGGGAUGGAUGGGAUGAACCAGAUAGAAUGCAUGAUACUCCAGACGAUGUCUAUUCUAUUCACAAACAAAUCACAAAUACUAAUUCACAAUGAAUUGAAUUGAUUUUGUAUGA